AUUUUAGUUAUCAAGUAGACAGUGAGACGGAUGGAUGGUGAUUUUAUAUUUAGACGAUAAUAAUUAUGUGUCUUUGUUUUUGUUAAAUAAAUGAUAACUUAGUAUAAUUUUAUAACUUAAAAAUGUUAACGAGUAGUGUUUUGUGCAGUGUUUUGUUAGUAAACAUUUUGUUUUGUGAGUGUUCAAGUAUAUUUCACGAGAAUUCUAAGAUAUUUUAUCAUCCGGAUAAGGAUUCGGAAUAUUUUGGUUAUUCUGUGAUUUUAAGUAAUCAGAGGUUGAUCGUCGGUGCGCCAAAAGCAAAAAGCAGUUUAAACCGGAGAAUAACAUCAGGGGAAGUAUUCAAAUGCCCCGUACAAGAUUUGGAUACGUACCAUAACGUCUCUUGCCUGCCUAUAGGAGUGGGUGAAGAAAUCGAGGACAGAAUCUUCGCAAGGUCCUUCGGGCGGGAAGAGCUGUUCAAAGAUGACAUGUGGUUUGGAGCAACGCUUAGCGCUACGCCUAAUGGAGCUGUGUUCAUCUGUGCACCGCGGUGGACCAAGCCGUACAAAAAUACGCAUUUGCUGCAAAACGGAAUGUGUUACAUGCUGUCGUCGAGAAUGGGAAAGGAAUACCUGCCUUUAUUGGAUCCCAGAAGCCAAGCCUUCUUGAGUGACGAUCGGCGGCCAGAGUAUGGAGAGUUUGGUACCAAUCUCAAUUACUACGCGUAUGGUCAAGCCGGCUUUUCGGUCAAAGUGUCCGAAACUGGCGUUAUCCUCGGCGCGCCUGGCCUAUUGCAAUGGACAGGUGGCGUUGUUGAGUACCGGCCCAUCGACAAAAACUUCAAGAAUUCCUACUUGAGCAAGCAGACCACCAUAAAUCCAUAUUACACCAAAGAAUUAGGCCCAGAUGACUAUUUAGGUUACAGCGUUGAAUCCGGUAUAUUUGAAAGAAACGGAACAAAUCUAAUCGUUGCUGGGGCUCCGAGAUCGCAUCAUGGAUAUGGUCAAGUACUUAUAUUCGAACCAUCAAUAAGAGAAAGCAGUCCCCUAAACAUUAAAUAUAGAGUGGUGGGCGACCAGCUCGGCUCCUACUUCGGUGCGACGUUGUGCUGCACUGACGUCAAUGGUGAUGGAAUGGUUGACCUCUUGGUGGGAGCCCCUAACUACGUGAGGAAGGACGGGAUAUUGCACUAUGAUCAAGGGGCUGUGUUUGUUUACUUGACAAAUACACAGGGUGUAAACUUUACAUUAGAUGCAGCAAGUUAUGUAUCCGGAACUGAGGAGAGUGGUGCUCGUUUUGGUAGUUCUAUCGCUGAUUUGGGAGACAUUGACGGCGAUGGAUUUAAUGAUAUUGCCAUAGGAGCGCCAUGGGAAGAUGAAGGAAAGGGUGCUGUGUACAUAUACAGGGGUGGUAAGAAAGGUCUAAACAAGCAAUAUGACCAGAGGAUCGUGGUUGCGGAAUCGAAAACCUUUGGCUACUCGAUAUCAAAAGGUGUAGAUAUGGACGACAAUAACUGUAAUGAUUUUGCAGUCGGUGCCUAUAAUAUCAGUGCAGCUUACAUAUUCAGAUGUAUACCUACAGUACAUGUGAACGUUUCCAUAAGAGUGCCAGAUGCUGUCAAUUUACCAGUAAACGCUACUAACUUUACUGCCUUGUUUUGUGUAAAGUCUACUCCAAGAACUGCUAUGAAAAGGGAAGCUAGUUUAAUGAAAUCUGAUUUCACAGCGAGAAUAGCAGUUGAUACAAAAGAGAACCGGGCAAGGUUCGAAGGAGACACUGAAUACGAUCUGUCUAUAACAGCAGGCAAUGAGAAGUGCGAUGAACAAAUUGUUGUCGUGAAGCCGACGGCCGAUUUAUCAAAGCCAAUUUCGAUAAAAUUCAAUUUGGAAGAUAAUGGUUCUCUCGAAGAUAGUAAAGAUUUUCCAUCAUAUGGAGCAAGAGUAUCAGCAGACUCAGUUUUAGAGACGUCAUUCGAUAUUCAACUAAGAAGAGACUGUGGUGAGGACCUCAUUUGUAAACCACUGUUGAAAAUGUCGUUGGAACCCCUGAAUACGAGUAGAGUAUACAUACCAGGAACAGAUGACAGACUUGGAUUUAAAGUCUCCGUAAUAAAUGAAGCAGAGCCAUCGUACGGUGCUAAAGUUCACCUCACACUACCAUCGUCUCCUAAAAGACUUCCAAGCGAAUGUUCCUUAGAAGAACUGGUAGUAACUUGUCAUUUGCCAGCACCAUUGGCAAGAUCUGAAUCUGUUGAAUGGGAGAUAGAAUUGGAGUAUACAUAUAGGGAUAGUGCGACAAAAACGUUGCAAGUUGUUGCAACACUUGAAAAUCCAUUAUAUGAUGAUACAGACAUAGAUCCAUGGAGCCAAUACAAAAAUCUCUCGAUUUAUAUUAGGCCAGAAGCUAAAUUUUCUAUUAGUGGGAAAGCAUUGCCCAACGCGACCAUUGUAGUAACGAGGGAAAAAUUCAAUGAAGCGAGCAAUGUGACCCUCGUUCAUUAUUAUGAGGUAACCAACUUCGGUCCGUCGGAUUGGUUUUGGUUGGCGGUCCAAGUUCUUUUUCCUGAAAAGGUGAAUUUAUCAAGUCAUAUCAAAGGAUGUCAGUUAGGUGUCGGUCAGGCGCUAGAAUGUACUUGGGACUUGCCAGCACAAGUUUCCUUGCCGAUCGCUCUGCCACUGCGGUUCGAUUUGGGUUUAUAUGGUGAUUUUCUCUAUGAGAAUAGUAAUUUCAACGUUACGACAACAAUUCUGAUACUUCAAGAAGGACGAAAUAUAACUGAAUCCAUAACUACUGUAUUAACAUUGGAACCGGCUGCUCCUAUCUGGCCAUAUAUUGUUGGAGGCGUCACAGGCCUUCUUUUACUCCUAGUUAUGAUAUCAAUAUUUUACAAAUAUGGAUUCUUCUCAAGAAAUCGUCCAGGUGAUUUCAAGAAGCUCGAAGAACAUGAAACGGCAGAAGAAGCAAGUUCCUCUGGAACUAAUGUGGAAGACACCAGGAGUGUUGCUACUGCAGACGAAGCCAGCAGCUGUGGGGCUGCAGAACCUUCUUUUAUGAACGAGACCUCGUCGAUGGAAUUGUUAGCUGAUGACUCAUGAAAUUUGAAUUUUAAAGUAAUAUGUUCUAGUCAGGAAACGAUUGUAUCCCUCAAAUUGUCCGAUAUAGUUGUCUGAAACAAAUUUUAUCGGAUGCGGCGAUUAUAGCGAGUUAAACUAAUUAGCUUUACUCGCUAUAUAAUAUUCCGCCCAAACAGACAAUUCUGAA